AUGUCAGCGAAAAAUUCAGUGGGGGAGCCUGAUCCCUCCUUGGGGAAGGAUUUUAAGAAGGUGUCAAAGGAAGAUCGCUGGGUAGAGAUUCAGAGGAAGACCUUCACAAACUGGAUUAAUGAACAACUCAGUGUGAGUGGUAAAGCCAUCACUGACAUCGAGAAGGACUUCUGUGAUGGGGUGAAUCUAGUUGCAUUGGUUGAGGCUCUGCAGUUUAAAAAGAUCGGGAAAGUCAUCACCAACCCCACGGGGCGGAUCCAAAUGAUUCAGAAUGUGUCGCUGGCGUGUAAAGCUAUUAUGGAAGAUAACAUCCGCCUUGUGAAUAUUGGCAAUGACGACAUAGUUAACGGUAACGGAAAGCUGAUUCUCGGACUGAUAUGGCAUCUCAUUGUCCGUUACCAAAUUUCAUCCCGGAAGACGAAGGUUCCGCCCAAAAAACUGAUGAUAAAUUGGUUCCGGCUCAUACUUCCGGAACUUGAGAUUUCAAACUUUACUUCCGAUUGGAGAACCGGAUUACCCCUACAUGCACUUCUGGACUAUCUCCGCCCAGGUACAUCUCCAAAAUGGCGAGAACUGCAUAGUAAAGACGCAGUUGAAAACUGUCGAACGGCGAUGGUUUUAGCCAAAGAGCACCUCAGCAUACCUCGGGUAAUCAGUCCAGAGGAUUUUGUCAGCGAGGCUCUGGACGAGUUAUCUGCCAUGACGUACCUCUCUUAUUUUGUGAGGUCUGAAUCACCCGGGUAUUAUGACACCUUAAACUGGGUUUGCAAGCAGUUGAGGACAACCCAAAUCACUAAUCUCACGACUGAUUGGAAUGAUGGGUAUAAUCUAUGUGCAAUAGUGGCAUCACAGGGAGGCGCAAUCCCCAACUGGCCAGAUAUUAACAAAGAGGACAAAGAAAACAAUCUACAAAUAGCAAUUGACGCCGGAAAGAGAAUGGGUGUUGAUCCUAUUCUUAGUGCUACAGAGAUGGCGGAUCCAAAAGUUGACCAUCUUAGUAUCAUGACAUACUUGAACAGAUUACGAUAUGCGACACCAGUGAAAUCCGAUAAUGAGAAGUUGACGAUUCAAGGAGACUUUGACAACCUCCUAACAGGGGUGCAGACCCAUUUUAAGCUUAUUAUGGCAGAUAAAGAUGUUAAGAAGGAACUGACCAAAGUUGAAAUCAAAGGUCCGAAAGGAAAUAAAAACUGCGAUGUUGCCUGGAAGGACAAGUUUGCUGACUGUCGUUUCACACCUGCGGAUUCCGGUUCAUACGUGUUGACAGUCUCUUACAACGGUACACCAUUAGUCGUUUGCCCUUUGCCAUUUAGUGUCAAAGCUGAUCUGUCUAAGGUCAAAAUUAGGACUCAAUCAUCUUCAUGUAUGGUUGGUUCAACGAACGAAAUUGAAGUCAUUUCAGAAUCCGACGGCAAUGAAGUGUCUAUUGAAUGCUGUUCACCCAAUGACGAAGUGAAGCCAUUGACCACACUGUAUGAAAACGGCGUAUUCACUGCUAACUUCAGACCAAAGUCAGUUGGUUUAUGGAUCCUCCACGUUUUCUGUCAAGGAGAGGAGAUUUCCAGUAGUCCUAUAUCCUUUGAUGUCUAUGAUCCUCAAAAGGCAUGGUUAUCCGGACCUCAAAAGGGGAUUGUGGGAGAGGAAGUUAUUUUUACAGUGAACUUCAGUGAAGCAGGAAUUGGUGAAGUCGAGGCCGCUGUGCGGAAUGUCGGGAAAGAAAUCGAGUGUGAAGUGAAGGAUACAGAAUACAGUGGCAUUAAGACAAUAGAAUUCGUCCCUCAGAAUUCUGGAAUGUUCUUUGUGUAUAGCAAAUUCAACAACGCGGAAAUGACAGGAUCUCCAAAAAGCGUGGACAUUUUGGACCCAGGUCAGAUUCUGGUGACGGGCGAGGGUUUGACUCGGGGGAUGAAGGAGAAGGAGUGUAUGUUUCAAGUGAAUACAGGGGAUCUGGGAGGAAACAUAAACGUGGUCGUAGAAAAUGAAGGGAAAGAAGUGAAUACAACAUGGCGAGAGGCUGGAUCCUCCACCUAUAUCUUCUCCUACGUACCAAGCAGGGCUGGUACCUAUAAAAUAACAGUCACGUGGGAUGACAGAGCAGUCCCAGGCAGCCCAUUCUUUGCCAAAAUUACGGACAGGUCCCGUGUAACUCUGAUCACAGACCUGACGGAUAGGAUGGAUGAAAAUGGACAUUUGGCGUUGGUCUGUGGGGAGGAAACACGUCUCCUGUAUGACACGAGCGCAGCAGGGCCAGGUAGAAUGUCAGCAGCCGUGUUAUCCCCACGAGGAAAACUGAAAGUAGAUUUACGUAAACCGAAAAAAGAGGAAACUGAAAUCGCCUUUACUGCAGUGGAAGAAGGUGACCAUUACAUUCACAUAUACUGGUCAGAGGUACCCCUGGAUUCGUCACCUAUUCUUUCCUAUUGUCCGGGUCCAACACUUCCGAUUGACUAUUCCAAAGUUAUCAUUGAAGGGAAAGGCAAAGACGUGGCUCGUGCAUUAGUUCCGGCAGAAUUCCUCAUCAAUGGCAGAUAUGCUGGCCCUGGCAUUCCUCGAGUUUUAUUGAAAGGCGUGAAAAGAGAUGUUGAUGUAGAUAUUAAAACCAUGAAGUACGACAGAUACAAAUGUACAUACAGUGCUCCAAAUCCAGGUGCUUAUGUAUUAUUUGUUUACUGGUCCGACCAACUUGUUCCCGAUUGUCCAUUCAAAAUCACCAUUUCAAGUAAAGGGGCGUGUGGCAAAGUCAAGGUCACGGGUCAAGGACUUAAGGGUGGCUAUGUAGGACAAGAAUUACGCUUGGAUGUAGAUACCACAGAAGCUGGUUAUGGUGAAAUCAAGGUCAACUGUUACGGUGAAUUACGGGAAGCGAGAUGUGACGUGUUUGACCAGCAUAACGGUAUUUAUAAGGUGCAUUUCUAUCCCAGGGAGGCGUGUCGAUACCGAUUGGAAAUCACAUACGAUCAGGAACACGUAACAGGAAGCCCGUUUAAUGUCCCCGUGGGAGAGCCCCCAGACCCUCGUAAGGUGAGGGUGUAUGGACCAGGGGUUGAAGAUGGUCUUGUCCAGACAUUUGAGAGUAAAUUUCUGGUGGAAACCGUGGGAGCCGGUGCCGGUCAGCUAGCGGUUAGGAUCAGAGGACCACGAGGUGCAUUCAAAGUAAACAUCCAAAGAGAAGAAGAGAAUGAUAGAACUGUCUUGUGUUCAUAUGACCCGGAAGAACCUGGUACUUACGUCAUAGGUGUCAAAUGGUCCGGGCGUCACGUGAGGGGUAGUCCUUUUCGUGUGCAGUUAUUUGAAUCCCAGACGGAGUUGGACAAUUACCUCGGUGACAAAAGAGGUUUCUUUGUGGAGAAAACCAAGGCAAAUAUGCAAUGGCGUGCGGAAAUAUAGUUAUAUUUGUUACUUGAUCAUUCUCAUUAAAAAUAAAUUCAGCCGAUGUUAAUGUAUAGGUGAUAUACAUUUACGAAUAAAUUUUUAUGCAUAAUA